AGCAACACGUUUCUUUGCAUACAACACAAAAAAACAAAGAGAACCUCUGCCUCAAGUGUCAUGGCAGGAGAGGGAAUAACAACUUCCCACUGGGUAUCAUGCCCCGUGCGCCACCAGGAGCACUUCAUAACCAGGAAGCUUGCUGAAUUCACUGAAGACCAUCGACUGUUUGCCCUACCAGGACCUGAAUGCUUGCCGGUUAAAGUGGACACUGAAGUGGGGCAAACAGACAGUGAGGACGAGGACUCAGGAGAGCCACUGUUUCAAGUCUUGCUGGACGUGACUCAGUUUAAACCAGAGGACAUACUCAUCCAGGUCUUCGAGGGAUGGCUGCUGAUCAGAGGACGGCAUGGGGUGAGGAUGGAUGAGCAUGGGUUUGUGUCACGGAGUUUCACUAGACAUUAUGAGCUGCCUGACCGUCAACUCAAGGCAGGGGACCUCAAAGCCAUGCUGUGUCAUGAUGGGAUACUUGUGGUGGAGACCAAGGAUCGAUGGUGGCCAGCGUGUGAUUUGUAAAAAGUGAUGACAACACCAUUUAUGACAUGAUCAUACAUGGGUUGUGUUCGUUGAGUGUUUUUGAUGUUUUAUAUCAGUUCCCUGUUGAAGCAAUAGCCUAUUAUUUGCUAUGUGUACAACAGUAUUGCUUUGUCAACCUAGGAAGUUUUGUAACAGCAAAGCUUGCCAGCAUAACAGUUAUCAUCAACCAUGUAGUUUUCACCAGAAAAAUUUGUUUAAAUAAAUUCUGAUAAAAGUAUUAUAAA